UAGCCGGUCCCUCAGUCCGCCGGGCAGCCGCGCUUUCCCGCUCGUGCAGCUGCGUCUAGUGCCUCCGUCGCCUCCGUCUCGGCCGCGCACCCGUCGAGUCUCAAGAUGACCAACAUCGUGCUCUUUAGCGGCAGCUCGCACCAGGACCUGUCCCAGCGUGUGGCCGACCGGCUGGGCCUGGAGCUGGGCAAGGUGGUCACCAAGAAGUUCAGCAACCAGGAAACCAGCGUGGAGAUUGGCGAAAGCGUGAGAGGGGAAGACGUCUACAUCAUCCAGAGUGGCUGUGGAGAGAUCAACGACAACUUGAUGGAGCUGCUCAUCAUGAUCAAUGCCUGCAAGAUCGCGUCAUCGUCCAGGGUGACCGCUGUGAUCCCGUGUUUUCCAUACGCCCGCCAAGAUAAAAAGGACAAGAGUCGUGCUCCGAUUUCUGCGAAACUUGUGGCCAAUAUGCUCUCGGUCGCUGGGGCAGAUCACAUCAUCACCAUGGACCUGCAUGCCUCUCAGAUCCAGGGGUUCUUUGACAUUCCCGUGGACAAUCUGUACGCCGAGCCCGCAGUCCUGCAGUGGAUUCGGGAGAACAUCACAGACUGGAAGAACUGUAUCAUCGUUUCCCCUGACGCGGGCGGGGCCAAAAGGGUCACGUCCAUUGCGGACAGGUUGAAUGUGGAGUUUGCGUUGAUUCACAAAGAGAGGAAGAAGGCGAAUGAAGUGGACCGGAUGGUCCUGGUGGGCGACGUGAAGGACCGCGUGGCCAUCCUCGUGGAUGACAUGGCCGACACAUGUGGCACAAUCUGCCACGCUGCAGACAAGCUGCUCUCAGCCGGAGCCACCAAAGUUUAUGCCAUCCUUACCCAUGGAAUCUUCUCUGGACCAGCUAUUUCCAGAAUAAACAGUGCCUCCUUUGAGGCUGUAGUCGUCACAAACACAAUUCCGCAAGAGGACAAAAUGACUCAUUGCCCCAAGAUCCAGGUCAUUGACAUUUCGAUGAUCUUGGCCGAGGCGAUCCGCCGGACCCACAACGGUGAAUCCGUGUCUUACCUGUUCAGCCACGUCCCGCUCUAAAGCCAGGAUGGUAGAUAGUGGAGCAGGCCUGCUGACUUCUGACUCGUGUGUUUCUAUCUGAUAUUUUAGCUUUAGGACUCAGCAGUUAGAAUGCAAAAAUGAGAUCUGUGUAUCCUCCAAGAUCUGUUGUUCCCCCCCUUCUAUAGCUCAAGACCAUUUAUUUCCAGUUUUGGGGGAGGGCAGUGGUUAUUUGAUCUGUGAACUGUCAUAAAUCAAAAAUAUUUUUGUCAUCUUGACUUGUUCUGAUAGGUGACGUGUUCUUUUGUCCUAUCAGUGUUUUGAGGCCACAACUUCCACGAAUACAAUUACAUUGUGGGAGUUCCUAAUUUAUAUAUUUCAGGGUUGCCCAAGGUGACUUUAGGAUAGAGACUUCUAUGUAGAUAUAUAAUGGUAAUGCCUGUGGACAUUUGAGUGAAACCCUGUAUAGAAUGAGCCUUUCUAAGAAAACCUUAGAAAAUAUAUAAUAUCAUGAGGUGUUUUUUUUUUUUUUUUGCUUGUUUUUGUUUUUUUUUUGUUUUUUGUUUUUUUGUAGCUGAGUUUAAAAUAAACCACUUUAGUUAUUAUGUUUGAUUCGGACCAAAUUUUAUGUCCUUUAAGAUGGCUACUGAUACGUUUUUGGGUAAACAUUAGACAUACCAGAGGCCAUUGAGCUCAGAAUUUAUUACCACUUCUGAAAAACAUGUUAUAACCCUCACCUACAUGGAGUGCCACGUUCUAAAAUUCCCGAACAGUGUUCAGUGAUAGAUCUGAUUCGGAAACGGUUUGAGAGAGUCUCUGCACAGUCACAUUCCUGCUGGCCAUUGUCCAUCCCAGAUGGACAGUUCUUUGGGCACCUUUUAUCCUGUCGUCUUGUUGUUUUAGGUCCCAUUUUUAGCUCUAGCUUUUACUUUGCCUUUUCCCAAUAAUUUCGUGUUGUUGAUUUUCACCAAAACAAAAGCCCCUAAGUCCUCUCAAAUUGACUAGUCUGAUCAUAAUUUUGCCUUGGACAUCGAUUAAAAGGUGGAUUUUUAUGAGUUACACUAAAUGCAUAUUUAGGCAUCGUUCGUUUUGACUUUUUGUCUUCAUUAGCUUUUUGUAAUCAGAAGUAGCAAGUAUGGGCAACUGAUUAUUGGAACUAAAGCCACUACAUUAAAAAUGUGGAUAAGAAAGGCCUACGAAGAAAGCGCAAAUAAGUAAACAUCACUUCCUCCAUUAAAAUAAUAUUCAAAUAGUGAAUAUUACCAAGAGUGAGUGUGUAGGGAAAGAUUGCUUUCUCUGCGCGGUGGCCCUUGAUAGCACCCUCCUACGUGAGGCGCCUCCCUGAUGCUGGCAGAAGGGUAGAAGGCACGCCUCGCCUCUUUGUGAACUUUAUUAUGUGCACAUUGGUGCGCAACCAACCGAACACUUCAUCACCAGAAGACAGUUUGCUUACAUAGAGUAAUAAACAACAGUGUCUCCCUCCUGCUGACUCGUAAAACUUGAAGAGAAUAAAUUCUUUAAGUUCUGCAGGGGGGGAAAGGAAAAUCUAUUGAAGUCAUUAACAAAUAGAGUGGCCGUUAAGGUUUCAAACUUCACUAGGGCAGAGGUGGAAUCGAAGUUAAAAGUGUCAUUUCGGUCAUCGCAGAAGCAAGCAUUUUGUUGUACCUUAAAAUGGGUUUUGAGAUAAAAUGGUAUUAUGUAGCCUGGUAAAACCAGCUAUGCAAUACAGAGUGACUAUUUGUAGAAAGAGUUGACUUGAGAUAUGUAAAGAGUUUAUUUAGAUGCUAUGUAAUUUUAAUUUUUGAUAAACAAGCGGUACCUGUUAUUUCUUGGAAUUUCCACGCAUAGAGGAAUGAAAAUGUCGUUCUGAAUAUGCAUAAGUAGACAGCUUGGCAUACAAGUGCAGACCUGUUGACCUGACAUGACUACAACCAAUUGAUUUAAAGGUAAUCAUUUCACCUAACAUAAUAAAAUAGGGAGUUAGUUUGAAAAUAAUCCUAAGGGGAAAAAAUGAUACAAAAUCUAUUGUAAUCCUCUAAAUUAAGACCUGAUUGUUUCUUACAUUAUUUAGCACCACGUGUGUGUUUGAAAGUACUUCUAAUACACUGAUUAACUCAUUAGACUAGACUGAGCCAUCCAUAGUGGCCGUGUGGGGCCUGAGCUAUUUGGUUUCUGUUCAGCGAAGGGGAGGAAGGCGACCUCUGAGCAGCUUCAUCCCAGAAUUCGCACUGUUCUUACUGCCGGUGUGGAAACAUUUCCGUGAAACCACCGAACGUGUUGGUCCUGUUCGGCUCUGGCGAAUGGAGGCCGACUUGGUGUGUAUGUAGCCAAAAAGGGGAGCCAGAGAAGUGUGAACAUAGCAAAAUCGCUCAGCCUCCAACUUAACUCAUAUUAAUCAACUUACAGAUGCUCAUAGGGUAACUGUCUUUUGUUAGAUGCCAUCUAGAUUCAGGAGUAGAUCAUUCGCAGUGCUUGUAUUGGUUUAAUAUAACAUUUUCAGAUCUUCCAACACUGUACUAAGACAUCUCAAUAAA